AUGGACCGUGGCGGCCUCCUGCCCUUCCAGCUGUGGUGCCCUCGGCCCUUUGGCACCUACUCCCAGAACCAGCCGCGCCCGCCUUCCACAGCCCUCAAGCCGCCAGCCUGUUCCGAGUCGGGCAGCAGGGCUGAGCCGGACCACGGGCCCGCCCACUCCGAGAACACACCGCCCGCCUCGGCCACGGAGGCCCCUUCCUCCCAGCCUGCCCCCCUCCUCUCGGCAGCAGCUGCCGGCGAUGAGGGCCGAGUCCUGCUGGACACGUGGUACGUUAUCAAGCCCGGGAAUACGAAGGAGAAGGUGGCCUUCUUCGUGGCCCACCAGUGCGGCGGCGGCGGCGGCAGCCGGGCCAGCUCCAUGAAGGUCAAGGGGCACUGGGGCAGCGACAGCUCCAAGGCCAAGCGGAGGAGGCGCUGUCUCGAGCCUACGAGAGCUCCCCCGGACCCGGGGGGCCGGGAGGGGCCCCCUGCCGCUCAGGGGGCCCCGGCCGCAGCCACCGAGGACGUGGACCUGCUCUCCGUGGCUGAGAUGGUGGCCCUGGUGGAACAGCGGGCGGCCCUGGCCCUGCAGAACUACCCGCACCCCGGCCCCCCGGCGCCCGUGGUCUUUGUGUCGGCAGAGCAGGGCGGCUCCGCCGAGGGGCUGGGGCCCCAACGGCGGUCUGGUGGCGGGGACUGCAGCCGUGUGGCCGAGGCGGUGGCUCAUUUCGAGGCCCAGCGGGACAACCCUCCGGCCAAGGGCCUCCGCAAGGAGGAGAGGCCCGGGCCAGGCCCCGGGGAGGUACGCAUCGCCUUCCGGAUCUCCAGCGGCCGAGAGCCCCGUGCGCCAGACGGCAGCUUGCCCAGCGGGAGUGGGGGCCGGCCGGGCUGUGCCUACCCGGGCAGCCCAGGACCGGGGGCCCGAGCCAAGGACAAGAUUACCUGUGACCUGUACCAGCUCAUCAGCCCCUCUCGGGACGCCCUCCCUAGCAACGUGGAGUUCCUUCUGGCCAGGGCGGACGAAGCCAGCGAGGGGGAGGCCCCGGCCCCUGCCAGGCCCGAGGACACUCCCCCGGCACCCCCUCCACCCCCCGCCCGGGACUGCGGAGCAUCCGGCUUCCACGUGGACGUGGUGGUGACGGGCGUGGUGGACGAGUGCAUCUUCUUCGGCAAGGACGGUACCAAGAAUGUGAAGGAGGAGACGGUGUGCCUGACGGUCAGUCCUGAGGAGCCGCCCCCACCCGGCCAGCUCUUCUUCCUCCAGUCCCGGGGGCCGGACGGGCCUCCCGAGCCACCCCCAGCGGACUCGCCGGCCACUGCCCCAGGCCCGGAGGACGCUGAGGGCACGGCAGACACCUCCCUGUGCCGCCUGUACCGGCACGUGUCGCACGACUUCCUGGAAAUCCGCUUCAAGAUCCAGAGACUGCUGGAGCCGCGGCAGUACAUGCUUCUGCUUCCCGAGCACGUGCUGGUCAAGAUCUUCAGCUUCCUGCCCACCCGGGCCCUGGCCGCCCUCAAGUGCACCUGCCACCACUUCAAGGGCAUCAUCGAAGCGUUUGGCGUUCGGGCCACGGACUCGCGCUGGAGCCGAGACCCCCUGUACCGCGAUGACCCUUGUAAGCAGUGCCGCAAGAGGUACGAGAAGGGCGACGUGUCCCUCUGCCGCUGGCACCCCAAGCCCUACCACCAUGACCUGCCUUACGGACGCUCCUACUGGAUGUGCUGCCGCCGAGCCGAUCGGGAGACGCCUGGCUGCCGCCUGGGUCUGCACGAUAACAACUGGGUGCUGCCCUGCAAUGGGCCUGGCGGGGGCGGGGGCCGGGCUGGCCGGGAGGAGGGGAGGUGA